AUGAAUAACUUCAACAAUCCAUCAAUACUCAAGGAUACAGCUAUGAUGGAGGCUUCGGGAGAAGCCUCCAUCAUACCAAACACGUAUCCUACUGUUAUUCUAGGUACCCCAACACCCUCAAGCCCUCCCCCGCCUUCUGAAAACCCUCAAUUCGAAAUCUCUAGCCCUAGUCUACCAACCAAUCAGCCAACCAGUUCUGGAAGAAGAGUUGAAGACUUCAAUCUACUUAGUGACCCCUUUAUUACUCAAGAUACAACCAAUACUACCUAUAUAUUCAAUCAGAAUAAGAAACGUGGCCCUACAAUGCCCCUUAGCAAUCAGAAUAAACAACCCAGAAUAAAAAACAAUCCAACUACACCUAAGGAAGCUAUCUUAAAAGCAAGAGAUCUUAUAGUAUUAGCGUCAACUCUUUCUCAAUCAUGUGAUGAGCAAUCGAAGCUAUUAGAUCUCCUAGAGAUCUUUAGAGAAUAUACCGAAAAAGGAAAGCUCACCACCGCCUCCAAUAUCAUCACCUCCUGUUGGUACGAGAAGGAUACGGAAGACGUAGCACCCACGGAUUAUGUAGGUCCUCUAGUCUCUUUCGCGUUCGCUUAG